AUGGCUCCUCCAACCGCCACAGAAACCGUCUCCUCCAAUGUUACCCUCCAAUCCCCAGAGUCUUCCCAGGCGGCCGGUGCCGAAAAAGCCAAGGUCAAGAUGACCAUGCCCAAGCAACCAGUAUUCGAGAACAAAAUGGAGGAGCGCGAGUACCUCAAGGGGCGUCUAGCGGCCGCAUUUCGCAUUUUUGGAAAAUAUGGAUACGACGAGGGGGUGGCGGGCCACAUCACGCUGCGUGACCCCGUCGAACCGGACACUUUCUGGGUCAACCCGUUCGGCGUAGCGUUCUCGCAAAUCAAGGCGUCUGAUUUGAUUCGCGUGAAUCACGAAGGGCAAGUCAUCGAUGGAGGCGAGGUUCGCUUGCUCAAUGCCGCGGCAUUCAUGAUCCAUUCUGCAAUCCACGCUGCGAGACCAGAUGUCGUGUGUGCGGCGCACAGCCAUAGCCUCCACGGCCGAGCGUUCUGCACGCUGGGGCGACCGCUGGAUAUCAUUACCCAGGAUUCGUGCGCGUUCUACAAUGACCACAUUGUCUACAAGCAGUUCAAUGGCGUUGUUCUUGCGGAAGAGGAAGGCAAGAAUAUUGCUCAGGCGCUGGGGAAUAAGAAAGCGGCUAUGCUGCAGAACCAUGGUCUUCUGACUGUUGGUCGGACGGUUGAGGAGACUGUCUUUUGGUUUGUCUCUCUGGAAAAGUGCUGCUAUGCGCAGCUUCUGGCGGAUGCUGCGGCUGCUGGACGGGGCGGACAGACUAUUAAGAUUGAUGAUGCGGAUGCUGCAUUUACUUACAAGACGGUUGGGACUCCGAUGGCUGGGUGGUUCAGCGCGAAGCCUAUGUUCGAUGUGAUUCAUCAGGAGACGAACGGCGACUAUUUGAAGUAG